CCUUAUAUGUCCUACCACCCUCCGCCGAGUAAUCCAGAUGACUUGAGGCAAGAAGUGCCCCCGACGUCAAUUGUGCCAACCGAUACCACAUUUGAACAAAAUCUUGGAAGUACAUCACGGAUGACUGCUGAAAGUUGUCUUGAUGCCGAUGACAUGGUCUUCGACAUAAAUGAAUAUUUAGAGGGUACCACUGUUGUCGAUGAUGAUGAAGUACGAGUUGAAGCACCAAGAUCUGGGAUGGAAUUUGACAGUAUGAAAGAUCUUACAGCCUACUAUAAGCAGUAUGCGAAGCAAGAGGGUUUUGGUGUACGGACACAAAGGACUAGGAAAGAUGAUGAAGGGAGGCCUGUGUACGUGACUGUUGGUUGUGCCCGUGGCGGAAAGUACAAUCCUACGAACAAUAAUAUCUCGAAGCCACGACCAACAACUAGAACGGAUUGUAAAGCGAGAGUAAAUGCGACAUUGAGCAAGAAUGAUAAAUGGGUUUUCACCACUGUUGAAAAUGUGCACAACCACAUAACUGUGAGCCCCAAGAAGAUAAGAUUCUUGCGAUCUCACAAACAUCUAGAUGAAUACAGUCAAAGGAUCCUCGACCUAAAUGAUUGAGCCGGUAUACGAAUGAACAAGAAUUUUUAUUCUCUUGUCGUUGAUGCGGGGGGUUUUGAGAAUCUUCAGUUUCAAGAGAAAGAUUGUCGGAAUUUCAUUGACAAGGCUCGACAUUUAAGGUUGGGUAAAGGUGGUGGCGAAGCACUUAAUCAGUAUUUCCAAAGAAUGAGAGAUCGGAAUGAUGGGUUCGUUUCUAACAUGGACUUGGAUGAUGAGGGAAGGUUACGAAAUGUAUUUUGGGCUGAUGCUCGGAGUCGAGCGGCGUAUGAGUAUUUCGGAGACGUAGUAACAUUUGAUACAACGUACCUAACAAAUAGGUACGGGAUGCCUUUUGCGCCAUUCGUUGGUGUUAAUCAUCAUGGUCAGUCCAUAUUAUUAGGAGCGGGAUUGCUUUCAAACGAGGACACUGAAACUUUUGUGUGGUUGUUCCGAAUGUGGUUGGAUUGUAUGAAUGGUCGGGCGCCCAAAGCCAUGAUAACCGACCAAGAUCGGGCAAUGAAGAGUGCUAUUGCCAUUGUAUUCCCUGAAACUCGUCACAGAUAUUGUUUAUGGCAUAUAAUGCGCAAACUUCCAGAGAAGUUAGGAUCUCAUGCGCAA